ACCUCCUUAGCUACUCGUUUUGUUCACGAUUCUUUUGGAAAGCAAUACAAGCAAACCAUAGGACUUGACUUCUUUUUGAAAAGAAUAACACUCCCAGGAAAUAUAAAUGUUACUCUUCAUGUAUGGGAUAUUGGAGGCCAAACAAUAGGAAGCAAGAUGUUAGACAAAUAUAUCUAUGGUGCACAGGCUAUCCUUUUGGUGUAUGAUGUUACGAACCAACAGAGCUUUGAAAAUUUAGAAAAUUGGCAUAAUGUUGUAAAGAAGGUCAAUGAAGAGUCAGAAACUCAACCACGUGUGGCCCUUGUAGGCAAUAAAAUUGAUUUGGAACAUAUGCGGACAGUAAAAAUUGAUAAACAUCUUCAAUUUUGCCAGGAAAGUCAUUCUAGCAGUCAUUUUGUAUCAGCAAAGACAGGUGAUUCUGUGUUCCUGUGUUUUCAAGGAAUUGCAGCUAACCUCGUUGAUGUCAAAUUAAACAGAGCAGAAAUAGAACAAUUACAGGAUUUGGAAGAGAUGAACAUUAUGGACCAAAAUGAACAAAUAGUAAAAAAAAAAAACCUCCUUGAAUCUGCUAUAUCUAUAGCACAGCCUGAAAACUACUUUGCAGAGUCAAAAAUCCCUGAUUAAACUAUAGAUUUAAUGAAAAAUCAAUGGACAAUGAAGAAUACCAGAAAUUUCAAUAAUAAACGAGUACGUUGAAUUUUUCAAGACCAUAAGAAAACAAAUUCAAGAAGAAACACAUCAGUUUAACAUGAAGCUUGUGAAAAUGGCAAUUGAAGAAAACAAAGAGAUUAAUAGACCAAAAUGCAAGUUUAUAAAUUCAAGAAAGAAGAUAUUUGCAUUAAAACAUGAAGAUGGCUCUGCGUGUAGAACAAGACAGGAAAUGUUAGAAAUAUUGGAAAAUUCGAUUCAGAGCUAUACAAAGAUCAAGAUCACUCAAAAGUAACAACACCCAGGAAAGAGGAAAUGCUAGACAUCCAAGUAGAGGAAGUAUCGAGUGCCAUAAAUCAGUGAAAAAUGGCAAAGCUUCAGGAAAUGACUGCAUUACAAUUGAAAUGCUGGAAGCUGGUUGUCACGGUUUACCCAGGAUACUAGCAAAACUAUACUCAAGAUGUCUCAGGGAACAAAAAAUACCUAGGCAUGGGUGCAAGAUGAUUUAAAGAACUAUUGCCCAAUAAGCCUUCUUUCAGUCAUCCAGAAAGUUUUCCCCAAGAUGAUAGGAAAAAGAAUAUUGAGAACAUUAAAGGGUGUACAGUCAAAGAAGCAGGCAUGGUUCAGAAGUAGCUACAGCAUAAUCACAUCCAGAUUUUUCAGCAAGUCAUUGAAAGACACGAGUACACCAUGAAGUUUUCAUUGACUACGAAAGAUGUUUGACUCAAUAUUCCAGCAAGCUAUAAUCAAGGCAUUGCUCAACCAAGGCCUAGACACUGCUUACAGAAACUUACUGUCAACUGUCCAUUUGGUGAAUCCAGAAAAAGAAACUCCUGGGACAUCAUUUUACCAAGAGUAUAAAACUUUACUGAAUAAACCACAAUGGCACAAAAGAAGCAAAACUAGCUCUAGUUUUCCCACGCAAAAGCAAGCGUAGCUUUUCUUACAGGCCACUCAUAGUCCAAAACGUCCACCAAUCGGAUCUGUUCAUUUUGUUAUAGGAAACUGUAAGGACUUGCCCCAGCUGGUCCCUCAGGAAAGUAAAACUAUUGACUCCAUUGAACUGAAUCAAAAGAACAUUUACUGAGAGAAAAUGGUUGCAGUAAAGUCAGGCAGAAUCUGAACUUCCUGCGCAAAGCACAAAGCAGUUCUUUCAUUCCCCAAACCCAACUCCAUUGACCAGUCCACCAACAGCCAAUGUGAUGCUGCAAGGUUGUUUUGAGAAUGUUGAGGUGCUAGGCAGAUAAGAGGUCACUCAAGACAGCCAUUGAACCAGACUGAAACUGGCUGUGAGGGCGUCUGCUUCAUCUCUGAAGACAAUCUCCCUCGUAGAUUCCCAAGCUUGCAGCAAAAGCGAAAUCAUGCAAAUAAUGCCAGCCUCCCUCCCUCCCCUCCAACAGAAUGGCAAGACAGGAUGGUGGACGUAACAUGCUGUCCCCCUGAGCAGCGACAAACAAAACAAAAUAAAUAGAGAAAAAGAUAAAAACAAAAAAAAAAUCAAUUAGGUUUAUGAGACUAUUGGUUAUGAAAACGUUUAAAAAGUCUAGAGGCCCUAAUGUGGCGGUGGUCAACCUAUUCAUUUUGGGUGUCGGGAAUUCCUUCCAACCCACUAAAUAUUGAAGGUUCCCCCUGCACCCACUGCACUUGCUUGGGUGAGGGCCUCUGUGGGAUUUUUAGUGCCUCCAGGUCUUUAUAAUAAGUCCAUACCUCAAGAGGCACCUUACUUUCCUCAAGGAAGAGCCUCCUGGUUAAAAGUGCCCAGCGCACUGCAUAAGUCUCUUUCUCCCAUUCUGCCCAUCUUUGUUCAGUGUCUGAUAGUUUUUUAGAACUGUAAAUUCAGGGUUGGAGCUAGCCAUGUUCAUUUUUCUGUACUAAUAGCCCCCACAGCGACAUCAUUCAUGUCAGUUUGAAUGAUGAAAGGUUGCCUCAGGUUCAAAUAUUUCGUGACCAAAUACACCAUAGCCUCCACUCUAAAUUCUCUCUGGGGGCUCCUUUCUGACCUGCUUGCCUCUUGAUUCUCCAAUGCCUCACAUACAUGGCUUUCAAAAUACCAAUCUAAUCAACUAAUGAUACUGAGGAUGGGGUCCCUGUGGGAGCUCUGGCAUAAGCACAAACUCUGUCCCCAUAGCCACCUUGAAAGGGAUAAAACCUGUGUUACUGUUCACUGAAUUGUUAUAUGCUGUUCUGACCUAGGCUUCCCCUAAAAGCACGAGGCAGAGUCCUGGUCCUGACAAAACCCCUUUUAUUAAA